UACUAACCAAACCCAUAGGGAAUUGAUGAUAGUUUGAGGAAAUGGAUUUGAGAGAGUUGAGAAAAGCAGUCGAGGAGGUUGAAGAUGUCGAUGACUUAGAGAAUGUUUCAUUUGUUCGUAUAAUUUGGGUUAAUUUUGUAGGACAACACAGAUGUCGUGCUAUUCCUAGAAAGCGUUUCUAUGAUGUUGUUACGAAGAAUGGGGUUGCUUUACCAUUUGGGACUAUGGUAUUGACUUCUAUUUUGGAUAAACUUGCACCUGAUUCUGGUUUAGGUUAUGUUGGUGAAGCAAGAUUAACACCUGAUUUAUCUACUAAAAGGAAAAUUCCUUGGUGCAAACACGAUGAAAUGGUUUUAGGGGAUCUCAAUGUUAAACCUGGUCAAGCAUGGGAGUAUUGCCCAAGAGAGGCCUUAAGAAGAGUUUCCAAAAUUCUCAAAGAUGAAUUUGACUUGGUGGUGAAUGCAGGAUUUGAGAAUGAGUUUUUUCUCUUGAAGAGGGAAACGAAAGAAAAAUGGAUAGAAUUUGACUCGAGUCCUUACUGUUGCUCAUCAUCAUUUGAUGAUGCUUCACCAAUACUUCGUGAAGUUACUUCUGCUUUGCAUUCCAUGGGUAUUACAGUAGAACAGUUACAUGCAGAAUGUGGAAAAGGUCAAUUUGAGAUAGUUUUGGGACAUAACAUUUGUACUGAAGCGGCAGACAACAUAGUUUACACACGUGAAACUGUUAGGGCAAUUGCUAGAAAACAUGGUUUGCUUGCAACAUUUGUUCCAAAGUACACAUUAGAUGAUGCGGGUUCUGGAUGCCAUGUUCAUCUAAGCUUGUGGCAGAAUGACCAAAAUGUAUUUAUAGCAUCUGAUGAAUCAUCAAAGCAUGGAAUAUCAACUUUGGGAAAAGAAUUUAUGGCUGGAGUUCUAUAUCAUCUUCCUUCUAUUUUGCCAUUUUUAGCUCCACUUCCUAUUAGCUAUGAUAGGUUGCAGCCAGAUACAUGGGGUGCAUACUUAUUAUGGGGAAAUGAAAAUAGGGAGGCUCCACUACGAGCUUCGUCUCCGCCUGGAACUCCUAGUGGUUUAGUGAGUAAUUUUGAGUUGAAACCAUUAGAUGGUACUGCAAAUCCAUACUUAGCCUUAGCUGCUACAAUUGCUGCUGGCAUUGAUGGCCUUCGUAGGCAUCUUUCUCUUCCUGAACCUGUUGAUACAAGUCCAAAUCUAGAAAAUCUUCGGAGUUUGCCAAAAUCACUUUCAGAAUCUUUGGAAGCUCUCCAUAAGGCUGACUUCCUGGAGGAGUUUAUUGGGGAUAAGUUGCUGACUGCCAUAAAAGCAAUUGGAAAGGCUGAAAUUGAUCAAUACUCGAAGAACAAGGAUGCAUACAAGCAACUCAUAUACCGUUAUUGAUUUUGAAUAAAUAAUGUGAUUUGUGAUGUGAAAUCCCUAGUUGUGUCUUGUCAGGGCAUGCAUGAUAUAUUUAGACUUUGAAGGUUUUAUCAGCAUUAGCCAUUUUCAAAGCAUGCCAACAGAUUUGUUUCGUCUGUUCUUGAUUUUUCUUUGGAGUUAAUUCUGGUCACAAAAACUGAAUAAUCUUUAUUUAGAGUGGAGUAUUUGGAAGGCUUUGGUUGAGGUUCUAAGAUAG